AUGGCGUCGGAUCCGUACGGCGCGUUUGCGCGGGAUAUUCAGGCGCGACUGCGCACGGCGCGGGAGCUGGAGAGCGGUGCUGAGCGUGAUCCAAGUCAAUAUACGGAUUUGCGCGCGACGCUGACCACGCUGCGGCAAGACAUUAGUGAUCUACGGCAAACGGUGCGCGCGGUCGAACAAAGCGGUCCGGCGCGCUUUGGCUUGGACGAAAAAGAGCUUGCGCUUCGGCGCGUGUUUGUGGAUACCAGUGAGCGUGAGGUGGCGCGCAUGGAGCGUGCGUUUCGCGAGCAGGACACGUAUGCGGAUACGCAGCCGUCGACGUCGCUGGCGUGGGAAAAAGAGCAGCAGCAGCGCUUGCUUUCUGGGCAGAACAGGGCGCUGGACACGAUGGGCACGUCGCUGCAUACACUGCGAUCACAGGCAGAGCUCAUUGGGACAGAGACGGGUGAGCAGCUGGGUCUGCUCCAGGACCUCGAUACACGCGUCGAGCACACGCAGUCGCAGCUCGAGCAGGCCGUGCGGCGCAUGGACCGUUUUGUCGCACGCGUCGAUGCACGCAUGCACGGAUGGUGUGUGUGGCUACUGAUUGCGGUACGUGGCAUGUAUCUGACACUCAGGUUUUGCUUUUGCUUCUGCUAG